UAACACGGAGAGGGAGGGUCGGGAUUCAAAACUGUAGCCUGUCGAAAUGUGUUUUUUCUUUUUUUACAAUAGAAAUCUUUCAGCAGCUCGUAGUAGUAAACAGGAAUUCGUCGAGCCACAGUCGAAGCGACUUUUAAGAACGGAUUUACAAACGGUCUUGCAAAACAUCCAACUUUUAACUUAUUUUACUCGGCAAUGUAAGACUGUUUUUAGAGAUGCUGCAACUAACCGUUUUCAUUUUGUGCUCUGGCACCUUUAUGCAACCUCAGUGUUAAUGACUAUCUGAAUUGCGGACAUCCAGUUUAGCUUCGUGAUGAGUGCGCCUGGGAUCCCGGUUUGAGCGAGACUGAUGAGAUCUGUACACAAGGCACCCAGGUAGCAUACCGCACCUACCUUUUUUUUUUUGCUGGUGAAGAGGAAUUUAACUGUAAAGCUGUCGAUACCGCGGCUUAGACACUGUAGUUUCGACACCAAUAUCAAUACCAUGUUACAUCUUAUGAACUAUUCUGAAAAACAUUAUUUUAAAUCGUAUGGAUUCAAAAACAGACCUCUGGGUUAAGCCCUGCACACUUCUUUGGCGAGUAACCGGACCCCCUGACUUCCCAUUUAACUGCUGAGUUGUGAUAAAGUUGAAACAGAGAAGCAUCAGAGGGGGAAGCGAAAGCACGGCUAAGGGAGUUCGGCGCUCUGAUCCUUGGAUGGGGACUUUCAUUUCACCGAGUUGGAAUUAACGACCGACACUCUUAAAAAUACAGAUCGAAGACGGGUUGUGCAAUAUAUCAACUGUAUUUUUACGCGAAUCGGCCAUUUCCUGACAAUAGCGUGUGUUUUUUUGAAUUGCCAGCGGUUCUACUUUCAUAUUGCAGAACACCAGGACUCGUGUUUUUAUUGUAUCCUUUAUGGGUAAUUUGGAGGUGUCACCAAAACGCCUUUUUUGAGCGCACGUUAUGAGGUAUUGUUGUAUAUAAUACCAGCUGACAAGGGCGUUCUUUUUUUCCCGUUCGUCAUUUAUGCGCUAACUGCUCGAGUAGGGAAUAUUCUUUGUUCGGGGUCGAUCCUGGGAUUUGUGCGAUGACUGCCUCGGGAAGCCAGAGGGUUCCGAAAAGUGACAAGUUGGACGAGGCACAGGCGCUGGCAAAGAGCUGCGCCGGGAGACCCGACUUUCUGCCGUGUGACGGGCUUUCUAUCUGUGCAACUCACAGCCACGGAAAGUGUUUCAAACUACACUGGUGCUGUCAUCUAGGGUGGUGUCACUGUAAAUAUGUCUACCAGCCUAUGACCAAUGUGGGUCAGCUGCCCAGCACCCCAGUCCCAGCCGCACCCUCUGACUAUACCAAUACCAUCAACCUGUCUGUGUCCCUGACUGAACGCUUCCUCAAGACAGCCCCAUGCUUCCAGCCACCGCCCUGCCCAGAGUCUCCCAAGUACUGCCUGAUCUCUGAGCUCUUCAUUGAUGAUUAUCAGGUGAAACGCAUCAAUGGCAAAAUGUGCUAUGUACAGCGACCCUCACCUCAGGUGCCAGCACCUCUGCCUGCACAGGCACCUUCCCAACCACCUGUCCAGGGAGCCCGUCCCAGUUCAAACUACCAACAGACAAUGUCAGCAGCAGCCCCUGGAGUCGGAGGCAGGGAAAAGGCCAGUGGGCCCAAAAUGGACCAUUGCUCCUCACCCUCCAGUUCUGAAGAUUCUGGAAUCAAUGCACUGGGGCUGCACUACCUGGAGUCCUGUGAUGAGGACACGGAGGAUGAAGAGGAAGAGGAAGAUGAUGAGCUGAGCACAGAUGAGGACUCCAGUCCCGGCAGCAUUUGGGACCAGGACGAAUGCACCCUUCUGUCCCCUUCAAAAUCAACUGUGGAAAUCAUUGAAAAGAUAGAAACGACUGUUUGACCCCUAUUACCCCACUUUCCCUGGAGGAGAUGCUGUUUUUAGUUUUACUACCACUAGUUUUGUAGUUAAAAGACUUGUGAAAAGUCUGAAGAAUUUACCAAAAUAUUCUAGCUCAUAUAUAUUACUCAACUCCAAACAGAACAGACCUCACUGUGCUUAUGUUGCUUGUCAUGGUUGCGCAUUUGCCUACUGAGAUUUUAUUUCUGGAUAUACCUCUUUGUGUCCUUUUGUUUUAUUUUCCUGUAUCCACAAUUCCAAGCAUGGUUUGUUUAAUAUGGAUUUUUAGCAUGGUCUCGUACUUCAUACCAGUGAUAAGAUGUCAUAGACUGUAUUCAAAAGUAAACAAAUGUAUGUAUAUGACCAAAUUUAAACUGUAAACUGUU